UGGUGGGAGCUGUAGGCGGACUCGGGAGGCCCAGGAACCAGAAAUGGACUCAGUUACCUUUGAGGAUGUUAAUGUGGAGUUCACCAUGGAGGAGUGGGCUUUCCUGGAUUCGACCCAGAAGAAACUCUACACAGAUGUGAUGCUGGAAACCUGCUGGAACCUGGCAUCAAUAGCAUGUAUUUUAGAAGAAAAAUGUGAAGACCAUGAUAGUGAAGAUCAGUAUGAAAAUCAUGGGAUGAAUCUUAGCAGUCAUACAAUAGAGAGACUCUGUACAAGGAACGAUGGUAGAGAAUCCAGAGAAAACUUCAACCAGAUUCCAAAUCAUAAUGAAAAGAAGGAAACUCCUACUGAAGUAAAACAACCGAAAGCCACGUUGUGUAGGCAAAUCUUCAUGCAUUAUUUAUCCUUGAAUAACCACCUGAGCUCUCACAUUGGACCCAAAGUAUACCUGUGUCAGGAAUAUGAAGAAAACCCUUAUAAAUGUAAGGAUCCUGAGGAAGCUUUCAAGCAUCACCAACAUAUUCGAAGACAUGAAGGCAGUCACAGUGGGAAAGCUUUCCAUUAUUCAACUUCCCAUAGAAAUCAUGAAAGAAUGCAUAUCGGUGGGAAACUGUAUGGAUGUGGGAAAGGCACUAGUCGUCUCAUUUACUCUAAAAUUUACAAGGAUACUCAUAGUGGAGAGGAACCAUAUCAAAGUAAGCAAUGUAGCAAAGCUUUCAGGUCUCCCAAGUACUCUGGAGAAAAUGAAAGAAGACACAGUGGAGAAAAGCCCUGUCAGUGUAAGAAAUCUGGUAAAGCUUUCAGUUCCACUUCUCUUAGAAAUCAUGAAAGAACAUAUACUGGCGAGAAACCUUAUGAAUGUAAGCAAUGUGGGAAAGAUUUCUCUCGUCGAGCUUCCCUCCAACGUCAUGAAAGAAUUCAUACUGGGGAAAAGCCCUAUAAAUGUCAGCAUUGUGUCAGAGCUUUCUGUGAUCUAGAUGCCCUCCAACGUCAUGAAAGCAUUCAUACUGGGGGAAAACCCUAUAAAUGUGAGCAUUGUGAUAAAGAUUUAUCUAAUCAAACUUCCCUCCGACGUCAUGAAAGCAUUCAUACUGGGGAAAAACCCUAUAAAUGUGAGCAUUGUGGCAAAGCUUUCUGUGAUCGAGGUGCCCUCUAUCGUCAUGAAAGAACUCAUACUGGGAUAAAACCCUAUGAAUGUAAGCAUUGUGGCAAAGGUUUCGAUUAUCCGUCUUCUCUCCAAGAUCAUGAAAUAAUUCAUACUGGAGUAAAACCCUAUGAAUGUAAGCAUUGUGGAAAAGCCUUCAGUUAUCUACAGUCCUGUCGAAGGCAUGAAAGAACACACACUGGACAAAAGCCCCAUGUAUGUCAGCAAUGUGGUAAGGCUUUCAGUCUUUCCAUGUAUCUUAGAAUUCAUGAAAGAAUUCAUACUGGGGAAAAACCCUAUGAAUGUAACCAUUGUGGUAAAGCUUUCUCUGAUCCAAGUUCCCUCCGACGUCAUAAAAGAACUCAUAGUAAGGAAAAAUCCUAUUAAUGUAAGCAAUGGGGGAAAUCCUUUAUUCAUCCCAGUUCCCUUUGGAUUCACAAAAACAUUCAUAAUGUAAAUAAAUCAUAAGGAAAGAACUCACAG